AUGGCGAACCCCCUCAGACGUAUCCAUUGUCAUGGUGGGCGCCCUUGCCGGCGCCUAGCCUCGAGGGGAGGCCCUAUCAACAGUACUUUCAGUCACCGCGCAUCGUCAUCGCCUCUACGGGCUGCAGAGCCAUCAUCACCCCGCUGGAGCUCGCACUCCUCGGUGCCAGGACCUCAAUCCGUCGCCGCCCCGCAGAUCGGUCGAUCGAGCACCUCCCCCCUCGCCCUCUUGGGAAUCGGACUGGGGCUUCUGGCCGGCGCUGUUGCUGGAUGGGCAUUCAGCACCAGUGAUCGAAAGCAAGGGUCGGCCAAACCCCAGUAUGCCACCAUUGCCCAAAUGGAACAAGCAAUCACUGAAGUCCAGCGAGCCUUGGGAGAGGAUAGUGUCUCUACCGACAGUGAGAUUCUUCUUGCCCAUGGCUACUCUGAAUGGUCGACAGUCAACAUAGACAGGCUCCCAGUCGCUGUCGUGUUUCCCAGCUCGACAGAAGAGGUCUCAACUGUCGCUAAAAUAUGUCACAAAUACAAUAUCCCCAUCAUUCCUUUCUCCGGCGGGUCUAGUGUCGAAGGCAAUUUCUCUGCGCCAGUUGGAGGAUUCAGCGUCGAUUUUAUGAACAUGAAUCAGAUCGUCAAAUUUCGGCCAGAAGAAAAGUCGUCUGCUGGCUAUAACCUCAACUCUCUGUUUGUAGGCUCAGAGGGCACAUUAGGGCUCGUGACCGAAGCUACGCUUAAGCUCGCGCCCGCUCCAACGAGCACCGGGGUAGCCGUGAUUUCAUUCCCAACAAUCAAGAGCGCAGCGAGUAUGGCCGUCGAUGUUGUCCGGAAGGGCAUUGUUGUUGGCGCUAUUGAGAUCCUCGAUGACGUGCAGAUGAAAGUUAUCAACAAGAUUGGUGCCACGGGAAGAACCUGGCGCGAGGAACCGACCCUGUUUAUCAAAUUCACAGGUGAUCAGGAUGUAGUCGACCACAACAUCAAGCUCGUGCAAAAGGUCGCGAGGGAACAUGGGAGUCCCAAGAUGGAGUUUGAGAAUGACGCGGAGAAACAGAAGGUUCUUUGGUCGGCUCGGAAGGAAGCCCUGUGGAGCAUGCUCGCGCUUCGCACCAGCGGUAGCGAGGUCUGGACGACAGACGUUGCCGUGCCUCUGUCACGAGUCGCCGAACUGAUUGAAUGUUCGAAGAAAGAUCUCGACAAUCUCAACCUGUUCGGAAGCAUCAUCGGCCACGUUGGAGACGGCAACUUCCACGAGACGAUUCUGUUCGAUGGUGCCAAGGAACGCCAACGAGUCGAACAGAGCGUGCACAGGAUGGUGCGCAGGGCCUUGGAUAUGGAAGGCACUUGCACGGGCGAACAUGGCGUCGGACUGGGCAAGAUUGACUCCCUGCAGGAUGAACUCGGCGAUGCCCCGCUGAGCGUGAUGAGGGCGAUCAAAACAAGUCUUGAUCCUAAGUGGCUCAUGAACCCGGGUAAAAUCUUCCAUUUUCAACAGUAG